AGAAACCGCGCGGCCCGAGACCUGUCAGUGAGUGUGGGGUUCACCGGGGCAUCCUAGGACCCGUGGGUUACUCCCCUGGCUUUUUGAGGGAACAGGACUAGUUUGUUGUUCAGCAUGUCAAUAGUAACCGUGCAGCUUGGCCAGUGUGGCAACCAGAUCGGUUUUGAAGUGUUUGAUACUUUAUUCACGGACUCACACAGCUCCCAGGGACUCUGCUCUAAGAGAGAGAAUGAGGCAUAUCAAGCAUCGUGCCAAGAAAGAUUCUUCAGGGAGGAGGAAAGUGGAGUUCUAGUUGCCAGGGCUGUUCUUGUCGAUAUGGAACCCAAAGUUAUCAAUCAAACGCUAUCAAAGGCUGCUCAAUCUGGUCGAUGGAAAUAUGGUCAGCAUUCAUGCUUCUGUCAAAAACAAGGUUCUGGUAACAACUGGGCUUAUGGUUACUCUGUGCAUGGACCAAGGCAUGAAGCAUCUAUAAUGAACCUCACCCGGAAGGAAGUGGAGAGAUGUGACUCUUUGAGAGGUUUCUUCAUCAUAAUGAGCAUGGCUGGUGGCACAGGAUCUGGGCUCGGGGCCUUCAUUACACAGAAUUUACAAGAUCAAUACUCCAACUCUUUGAGAAUGAAUCAGGUUAUAUGGCCUUAUGGAACUGGUGAGGUUAUCGUUCAGAACUACAACUCCAUUUUGACUCUUUCUCACUUGUACCGGUCUUCAGAUGCCCUCCUUGUCCACGAGAACGAUGCUGUCCAUAAGAUCUGUGCAAAAUUGAUGAAUAUCAAGCACAUCUCCUUUAGCGACAUGAACCAGGUGCUGGCCCAUCAGCUGGGAAGUGUCUUCCAGCCUACUUACGCUGGGGAAGGCUCUUUUCGCUACAGAAGAAAUCCACUAGGAGACUUAAUGGAGCAUUUAGUCCCUCAUCCUGAAUUCAAAAUGCUGGGUGUUCGUAACAUUCCUCAGAUGUCUGAGAAUUCACUGGCAUACAGCACGUUUACUUGGGCGGGCCUCCUCAAGCAUUUGAGACAGAUGCUUAUUUCUAAUGCCAAAAUGGAAGAAGGCAUGGACUGGAAGGUGCGGCCCCCUCGGUCAGGACUUCCACCCCUGGGCAGCAUAUCUGCCAACAAGGAGCUUCACUUUAACACUUCUAUCGCUAACCUGCUCGUCCUUCGUGGGAAAGAUGUGCAAAGUGCAGAUUCGGAAGGGUUUAAAGAUCCUGCUCUCUACACUUCCUGGAUGGAGCCGGCUCAUGCUUUCAGCAUGUGGAAAACCCAGCGAGCCUUUAACAAAUAUGAGAAGUCUGCAGCAUUGGUUAGCAAUAGCCAGUUCUUGGUAAAGCCACUUGACAUGAUUGUGGGCAAAGCAUGGAAUAUGUUUGCUUCAAAAGCCUACAUUCAUCAGUACACGAAGUUUGGCAUUGAGGAAGAAGACUUUUUGGACAGUUUCACAUUGUUAGAGCAAGUUGUUGCCAGUUACAGUAGCCUCUGAUCCUGAACAAAGGGGGAAAGUAACUUACAUUUUUGGACUAAAAUAUUUUCUUUCUUUUUAAGAUUUAUUUUUAUUUAUUUAUUUA